AUGGAGCUUGCAGACAUCCAACAAGAGUUGAAGAGGGCCAUCCAGCGGACUGCGGAAAAGGUUGCUAGCACGCCCACGACAAAUUGGACACUCGGAUCCAUCGAGUCAAGACUUGAGCUCCUGGACGGUUAUUGGCGAGACCUCCACCGCAAUCAUGGACAACUUCUCACCCUCGGCGAUGUGUCAGCCGUAGACUAUCGGUUGAGCGACACCUUUGCAUCGGCAGAAGAGCUUUACGUGGAAAGCCGCGGCGUCUUGCUGGAUCAUCAAGUUCGCUGCACGAUAUCCGAGGACCGCACGUCAACACCAGGCGCAUUCAUCACCGCGGCAGACCACGGCACGGAUUUUCCUCUUUCGAAGCUGCCUCGCCUGGAACUGCCCACUUUCAGCGGAAAGCCAGAAGACUGGGAAGCCUUUCGAGAUCUUUUCGUUGACCUGGUCCACGACAACGCUACACUAGGAGAGGCGACGAAGAUAAAUUACCUCAAAACGAAUGUCAAGGGGGCAGCCGAGGAGGCACUGCGAAGUUUUCGUUCCAUCGCAAUCAACUACAAGCAGGCGUGGGAAGCACUCUGCCGACGCUACGAUCAGCCGAAGUUACGAGUGAGGGACCACUUAGCCGCGCUUGUGAAUCUGAGGCCCCUCAUAGAAGAAACACCCGAGGGACUACAGACCCUCAUGGACGAAUUGAAUAGAUGCCGCACUCAACUCGAACGACUGAGUCAACCUGUCCAAACGUGGGAUGUCUGGUUUGUCUUCAUGAGUGUGCGCGCCCUUGACCCGGUCACGAAGGGAGCUUGGGAGGAAGAGCCUGAGCCCAGCAUGCCGUUCGACACCUCAUCGAUGACCGGAGAGGCUUCGUUUCGCCAAUUCACGGAGUUCCUGCAGCGACGAUACUGCACUCUGCGCGCUCUCGGUCAGGUGGCCACCGCCCCCUCAAUCGACUACAUGAGCGGCCGAAGGAAAACGGCUCAACCCAUAGUUCCAAGGACUAUACGAACCCAUGCCACGGGUACAGUUCGCACUAGCGUGGGUACAGUUCGCACUAGGAGGGUGCCCAGCUUGCAAGGAGACAACUGCCUUGGUAGUAGUCACACUGCCAGAAACUGCCCUUCCAACAAUACUUGUCGGAGUUGCGCCGGUGACCACCAUACUUUAAUCCACGAGGGCGCUGGAAAAGUACAACGCCAGACAAACGAGGAGUCACAACCAACCUCACCUCGUAAUGUUCGACCAGCAACACUCCAGGCUGCUACGACCAGUGCAAAAUCAACUGGAGAGGACGGGACAGCAUGA